GCCGAUCGCAGGGUUCUGCCACUUCUACUACUUGGUUUUGCUGUGUAUCAAUUGGACCGAACUAAUAUCGCAAGCGCACUUACAGGAGGCUUCGCAAGAAUUAUUUCUGUUGACACAAACACAAUAAAUCUUGGAAACCAGCUGAUGUUCUUGGGUGUUAUUUUGUUGGAAAUUCCAUCUAACAUGAUGCUGCACAAGAUAGGUCCUCGCCGAUGGAUAAGUGGGCAAGUCUUUGUUUUCGGACUUGUGGCAUGCUUGCAAAUCUUUUUGCACAAUAAGAGUGGAUUUCUUGCCACGAGAUCAAUUUUAGGCCUCACUGAGGCUGGAUAUAUUCCAUGCGCAAUGUACACAUUGUCCACAUGGUAUGAUGCGGAUCAAUUGACCAAACGAAUCGCGAUUUUUUUCUUCGGCAUGUUUGGUGGAACUGCCAUUUCCCCAUUGCUCGGGGCUGGCCUGUUGAGACUGGAUGGAAAGGGUGGACUGUUUGGUUGGCAGUGGAUCUUCCUCGGUAAGGCUGAAAUACUUCACACGCAUCAUGCAAUCUUCUCAUCGAUAGUAGUGGAGGGUCUUUUUGCCAUUGCGGCUUCGGUUGCUUUGUUCUUUUUUCUGCCUGAAGGCCCGGUGACUGCCCCAAACCUGGAAGACCAGGAGUCCGGCUCAGCCAACACGCCUUCAACUGACGCUCACCGACCUCACAUAUCUCUGCGUAUCGUCUGGGAGACUGUGACCAAUGUCCGAAAGCUGACCCACUUCGUCGCAACCGGAUGUGUUUUCUCAACAUGGAAUCCACUGACCACAUACACCCCAAGUAUCAUCGUGGAGCUGGGAUUCGCAGCUAUUGAGGCGAAUGCACUUGCCGCAAUAGGAAGUUUGCUCACUCUUCCUAUUAUUUUAUUUUUUGCUUGGAUGAGUGACAAGUCAGAGAGAAGAGGUGUCGUUGUAAUGAUUUCUAUCUCAAUAUACUUGGCAUCUCUGGUGAUUUUGAGAGUCUUGCAACCCCAUGUGAACGAAUGGGGAAGGCUCGGGUUAUGGACGCUGGUUAAUGCCUUUGCUGUGGGAUAUCAUCCGAUCCACAAUGCUUGGAUUCAAGUCAAUUGCAAGUCUAGCGAAGAGAGAAGCAUCAGUGUGGCGUAA